UGAAGGGCAGUUUUCUUCUCACUCAGAAUGAAUUCAGAUAUUUUCCUGAAAGAAAAGUUGAAGGAGGUGCGGUGGAGCCAGCCUAUGAUCCUAAUGACCUGGGAGGCUGAGGCAGGAGGAUCAUGAGUUCCAGGACAGCCUCGGCAACUUCGAAAGACCCUAUCCCCCCAUCCCCCCCAAAAAGAAGUCGGUCUGUAGCUCAGUGACAGAGUGCUUCCAGAACAUGCACGUGGCCCUGGGUUCAGUCCCCAGUACUGCAAAAGAAGAGUCGAGGGAGAACAUGUAGAAAUACUGAGAAGUCAAGCCUGUCAGCUUUCCAGUGAACAUGAUCUUCACAGAGCAGUGAUGUUCCUACUUGAGAAACUGAAUCAGAACUAAGGGACUGUUUCCAGCGCUCGUGUUCACCUGUGCAGUGUCUGUGGCCAAAAACCUAAGAUGAGUGGAAGCUUCACCCGGAGUGCUAGUGAGUACAGACCAGGCGGUCCUCCUCGUCGCCCACCCAGGCCUGUGUCCGCACCCCACCCCCAGAGUUCCCCAGGCCUGGCAGGGGCAGGAAGGGCAUGAGGUACGACUCCAGGUGCAGAGUGUGGAGAAGCCCCAGUACCGAGGGACCCUACACUGUUUCCAGACCAUCAUCAAGCAGGAGAGUGUGCUGGGCCUUUACAAGGGCCUGGGCUCGCCGCUCAUGGGGCUCACCUUCAUCAACGCGCUCGUGUUCGGGGUGCAAGGCAAUACUCUCCGGGCCCUGGGCCAGGACUCACCGCCGAACCAGUUCCUGGCUGGCGCGGCUGCGGGCGCCAUCCAGUGCGUCAUCUGCUGCCCCAUGGAGCUGGCUAAGACUCGGCUGCAGCUGCAGGACGCCGGUCCAGCCCGUACCUACAAGGGCUCGCUGGACUGCCUGGCGCAGAUCUACCAGCGCGAGGGCGUGCGCGGCAUCAACCGGGGCAUGGCGUCCACGCUGCUGCGGGAGACGCCCAGCUUCGGCGUGUACUUCCUCACCUACGACGUGCUCACGCGCAUGCUAGGCUGCGAGCCCGGCGACCGCCUGCUCGUGCCCAAGCUGCUGCUGGCCGGCGGAACGUCAGGCAUCAUGUCCUGGCUGUCCACCUACCCGGUGGACGUGGUCAAGUCGCGGCUGCAGGCCGAUGGGCUGCGGGGCGCCCCGCGCUACAGCGGGAUCCUCGACUGCGUGCGCCAGAGCUACCAGGCUGAGGGCUGGCGCGUCUUCACGCGAGGGCUGGCCUCCACGCUGCUGCGCGCCUUCCCCGUCAACGCCGCCACCUUCGCCACAGUCACCGUGGUUCUCAGCUACGCCAGAGGAGAGGAGGCCCGGCCUGAGGGUGAGGCCGCGCCAGCUGCCCCCGCAGGGCCUGCCCUGGCCCAGCCCUCCAGCCUGUGAUGCCCCUCCCGCCCUCGGGCCAGGCCACUCUGCAGAAACCCCACAGACAUCAGGCCGCCCCUUGCAAUGUAAGGUUGAGAAGCCAUCACCCCAGACCAGAGUGCCAGAAAACAACGUUGUCAGGGUGACUAAGGGGCAUGAAGACUAAGGGCCGGUCUCAAGCCUGGGCCAGCACUCCAUCAGACCCGGGUUCAGUUCCCUCAUCAGCUUGACCUGAACCGUGAAUCACUCCUCCGGCCUCGGUCUUCUCAGCUGAGAUGGGACCCUCUUAUCCACAUGUGUCAGCCAGGAAGGUCAGAGAUGUUGCCCGAGCCGUCUAGCACCAGGACUGCCCGAGUUGGUGUCUGGACCUGGAACUUACUCCAAAACCCUACCAACACUCCAGCCCUGCUCCCAGAUCCGCUCUUCCUGCUCUUGCCCUGCAGGUUACCUGCGGGAUCUCUGAUUGACAGGCCGCCCAGGGAAGAUUUGACCUCCUCUGUAUUGGGACAGGUGGUGGCUUGGAGCUUUUGGCAUGGCACAACCAGGUGCUCUACCAUUGUGCCAGCCUUUCCAUAUGACAGCUCAGAGUACCCUAGCAACUGCCCUUCCUACUGUAGGGUGACCUGGGACCUUGGCAGGAAGUCUGGAGUCUCCUUGUCAGCGGAAGAACCGGUUGGGGAAAGAGGCAGUGGGAAGUCUCAACAGUUAAGUUGGUACAGCAGCUCGGCAUGUGGCACACAACUUUAAUCCCAGUGCCUCAGGAAGCUGAGGCAGGAGGAUCUCAAGUUUGAGCCAACCCUCAGCAAUUUAGUAAGGCCCUGUCUCAAAACAAAAAAAGAUGUAGCUGUAACCAGAAGUCCUUUCACUGAGACCUCAGGCUUCCUGUCUGCGAAUGGGGGCAGAGGUCAGUUGAUAUCUGGGUUUAUGGGUCACUACCACCAUCCAGGAUUCCCCAGAGUAUGUAGAGGCUUGGCCAGAGAGUGGCAUGGGAUCCCUUCCAGAGGCUGGGAAGCUUGGCAAGUGGAGUGGAAGUUCCAUGUCUACUCCCAGCAAAUGGUACCCGCCAGCCAGUCUCCUGAGUGCCUGGUGUCCCUGUGAGGGACAGAAGGGCUUGUUAGUGGGUUAAGGCAAGGCCAGUGCGGGUCCCUUCACUCUGAGGAAUGUUAACUCCCCAAAGGAGGCAGACUGCUCGGUGAGGACCCCAGCUCGGUACAGCCUCGUGUUAUUGUAUAGAAACCAAGGGAAUAAAGUGCUGAUGGUUUUGUAA